CCUACCCCUCACCUUUUACUCUGCUGCUAUCGUCAUCGUCAAUCGACAUCAUUUGAAUUGGUACACCCAUCUUUUUCACUUUUUCGGUUUUUCGCUGCAUCCAAGACCGAAAAAUCCAAAAUGCAGGGCAUGAGCAUUGCUGGAAUGAAAAAACACCCCUCUCUCAUCCCUCUCUUUGUCUGUAUUGGUGUGGGAGCUGCAGGGGCACUUUACUACACUCUGCGCCUUGCUACCCGCAACCCCGAUGUCACUUGGAACAGGACAACCAACCCCCUGCCCAACCAAGAGUUUGCCAAUAAGCAGUACAAGUUCUACUCUCCCGUAAGGGACUACUCGAAGAUUGAGAGCCCCGCUCCUAAGUUCUAAAUUUCUGGGAAGAUGGAACAACCAUUAGUUCAUGAUCAUGAACUAGAUUUAAAAAUUUCCAUGAAUCUUCAUAGUAUCUGGAGUUGUAAAAAAAUCCAAAGCUAGAAACUGAGUAAUAUGUUGAACCUUUUUAUUUCCCAAAAGUUGUAAAUAAUAAAUAAUUCUACUGUUUGGCCAUUA